GUGAAACCUUUCGACGUAGGUAUAAAUACAUGUACAGUACAGGCUGCCUCAUAUACGAGUACCUACUAUCAGCAUGUAUUUUAAAUUUGUGUUGGCGUCUACUGCUCUCUUGUGUGUAGGUAUUGCCUCAGGUUGGACAAAAUACAACUGCUAUUAUUGCAAUGUUAAAUCCGACAAUGACCCUCAAGGAGUUCUCAAUUGUCGUCACUUUGUUAAUAUUACCGCAACUGACAAGUGCAAGGGAGGUUGCAUAUUUUAUUAUGGAAUCAUUAAAGGCACAAAGGAGGGAACAACCCAAGAUGUAGCGAGGAGAUUUUGUUCUUCCGUUCGUGCUUGUGGUUGGCUCAAGGAGCACGGCGAGGCAAACAGAUACUGUCAACAGUGCCAAACCGACUAUUGCAAUACUGACAUAUAUUGAUUAAUAAGACCAAACCUGUUAUAACGAUUGUGAACAUUUUUCUUCAUUUUACUAUUAGUAAUUGCAUUAUAGUUACUCUUUCUUUGACAUAUUUUAAACUGCAAAAUGAAAUAUUACGUUGUAAUAUACGAAAUUAUAUCCGCAA